AUGGUCACGUACCUACCCAUUUCCUCGCCCUUCAUUCGGUUUGCCAGUCGCUACGUCGACGAAGCGUUCGGAAUGGCCGCUGGAUGGAACUUCUUCGUCUUCGAGGCCGCCAUGGUGCCUUUUGAAAUCACCGCAUGUAGUAUGAUCAUCAACUAUUGGAGUGAUGCGGUGCCAGUGGCAGCAAUCAUCGUGAUCGUGCUUGUACUUUUUGUGUGCGUUUCCUCGUCUGCAGUGGUGACGCUGGCAGUGUCUCCAAUUCUGAUUCGUGAUAUCUUAGACUCCUCAACGUCUUUGCGGUUCAGUGGUACGGGGAAGCAGAGUUCUGGCUCUCCCUAA